GCAUCAUCAGUUCAACUAAUUCUCUUCUAGCUUCAGCAAGCCACAAACCAAACCCCAAACUUCAAAAUGUUCGCCAAAGUGAUUGUCCUCGCUGCCGUCGCCAUCGUUUGCGCUAACGGAAAGCCUCUGGUCGCUGCUCCGGUAGUGGCCGCGGCUCCAGCUGUAGUGACUGCCCAGAGCUCUCAGGUCAUUGCUCGUAACUAUAACGGAAUCGCUGCGGCUUACACUUCCCCAUUUGCUGCUGCUUACACCGCGCCAUUAGCCGCUGCUUACACCGCUCCGGUCGCUGCUGCCUACACCGCUCCAGUUGCUGCUGCUUACACCGCUCCAGUCGGUGCUGCUUACAGCGCUUACACUGCCCCAAUUGCCGCCGCCGCUUACACUAACGCUCCAGUCGCCGCUGCUUAUACUGCUGCCGCCUACACUGCACCUUUUGCCCCAGCCGCCGCCUACACUGCUGCUGCUCCUCUGGCAGCCGCUGCUUAUAACGCUGCUCCAGUCGCUGCUGCAUACAGUGCCUAUCCUUACGUUUUGUAAGAACACAAAUCUCUUCCCCUUUUCUGAAUAAACCUCGCUUUUGCAUUCCUUAAA